ACCGAUGAGGAACCCCCCCAGGCGGCCCUCAAAGCUCGGAUGAGGCAGGUUGUAGGCACAUUCGGCGACAUAAUGAAAUUGAUGAUUAUUAUUUCUGAUAGCCCCAUGAUUUUUCGGGCACCCGCCAGCAUGCUUGUAGUGAUAGUCAUUGAGAUGUUUGCAGACACUGUCCAAGAUAACUCGCCCGCACGGUUGGAUCCUCUAUCGUCCAGACGCUUAGCAUCGACCUCUUAG